AUUUAUUUUAAAAAUAUUCUAAAAAUAAAUUUAUUUUUUAUUUUUAUUUCUCUCCGACAAAACACGUUUUUAUAUAUUAUAUGCUGAAAUACGAACACAAAUUUACUCUCAUGUUAAACAGUUUUUUCAAAAGUAAACUAAUUAGUUUUUUCCUCCAAUCUCCUCUCCUCCUAUCCCUUCCCCUCCCACUCAUUUCCUUCCCAAACAAACUAGUAUCCCUAACAUUACUUUAUCAUAAAUUCUGGAAUUGGAAAAUUGUAAGAUGCAAACCAAAUACAUAUAUGUAUUACGAGUGCAGGUUUAAUAUGGAAAUUUACAACUUGAAAUGAUAAUGCCCUUGCCUAUAGCAUUUAAUUCUUUGAAGUUCAUCUUUCUAUAUAUAGUGUCAUCAUGCAUUUAAUGCAUUUAAUUUCUAUUACUGUGUCCUAGCUUUUAACCAUGGCAACCAAGAAAACAAAAGGAAGGCAAAAGGUGGAAUUGAAGAGAAUUGAUAAUCAAGAUGAUAGAUUAAUCACCUUCUCAAAGCGUAGAUCUGGGAUUUACAAGAAUGCAAGCGAAUUGGUUGUUUUAACGGGGGCAGAAAUUACAGUUAUAGUAUUUUCUCCAUCAGGUAAGCCUCUCUCUUUUGGUCAUCCUUCGGUUGAAUCAGUUAUUAAUCGUUUUCUUGAAGAUCCAUCAAGCAUGGAUAGCACUUACCAUCUUGUGGAGGCUCGCCGGAGGAUGAGGAUUGAAGAACUGGCCAGAAAAUAUGAUGAAAUGCAACGUCAAUUGGACGAGAAGAAGGAAACAAGCCACCGGUUAAAAGGCAAAAGAAAAGAAAAUGAUAGCAAGGGCUGGUGGGAUGCUCCCAUUGAAGAGCUUGACCUCAAGGAUCUGAUUGAGUUGGAAAAAAAGUUUGAAGGUUACAAAUGACCAAUAAAAUCGCAAAGAACAAUGAUGGUGCUUCUUCUUCACAGGCACCAGAAAUAGGCUAUUCCCUUGCAAAUGAUCCGAACGCUUCUGUUUUUGCUGAUAGAAACCAUCAAGGUGGGGGGGAGUUCUAAACGACUUCACCCAGAUGAAGGCAGUGAUGGGGUGUUGUUUAAAAAUUAAAUUAUUUUUUAUUUAAAAUAAAUUAUUUUUUUAUUUUUAAAUUGUUUUCAUAUGUUAAUGUUAAAAAUAACUUUAUAAAAAAUAUAUAUAUAUUAUUUUAAUAUA